GUAGGGUGAUUGAGCCACUUUCCAUCAGGAGGCUGAUAAACGAAGUCCUGACCAGGAUAAUAGGAGAUGAGACAGUGACGUGGCUGGAGCGGACCAUGAUCGGUUGGACCUAUAACGGCAGCAUUGCGUCUAAGCUUUGCAGACCUGCGGAGGUAUUCUGCGAUUUUGAUGUUGCGAAGUGGAUGGAGGCCUACGAACCGGAGCAGUGUCCAUGCAAAUCUCGCAGGUACACGGACAUGUGCAGCAAUGCUUCGAUCUCGCUGCUCCAAAGCGAGGGUUGUACACAUGUGAUCACUUUGGACUCGUCGAUCAUAGACAAUCCACUACUCCAAGGCAUCAUCAACUCUGGACUGAACCAUAUCCCUUGCAUGACCCUGGACGUGGACGAGGCGGAGAACGAGGUGGGUGGAUUCCUGGACAGACUCAUGGCGAUGGUACUGGAACUACGCAAGCUCACGGCGUCCACCGCGUUAUUUCUGCGGAGGUUAAUCUUAAAGAAAGCGAGAGCGAGGAUGGCGAAAUACUGGGAACAACAUAGGCACAUAACCGCGGAGCCGUUCGAACAUCCGACUGUCAAGCAGGAGCUGGAGUUUCUCACCGGUCCCUUCCUCGUCUGUCCGACGGAUAAAGCCCUGAGCACUCCUGCCUUCGUGUGCAAGAACUUCAUACGAAAGCUCGCCUUUCAGAGGUUGUCUGGACCUGAGUUCGCAAUCAUCGCCGCCCCCCCCUACAUCGGUCAUCUCGCGGAUACGGGGCGAGCUUUCAGCUAUGCCCGCGUUGUCGGUUGCACCAGUGACACUCCCACAUUUUACCAGAAGAGAAGCUUGGAGUUGGAAGAACGAUAUGGGGUGAAGGCAAACUUGUGGUGGGCGAUAGCCUCGGUAGGGGAGUUUUAUGCGAACCUGCCAGAGAAGAUCUAUUCCAUAUUUACGGCGGAUAUCACUAAAUGCUUUGAGACGAUUCCCACGGACAGCUCGGAGGAUAGCCUACCGGCGAUAGUGAGAUUUUACGUGCAGGGUGCGAUGCAGGUGCAGAGGGAGAGAAGCUCGAGCCACAUCAUUCGGAUCAGGGUAGGGGAGGGCGGCAGGUUCUGGCCCUCGUGGGUAGAUGGCGAUCAGGCGGAGGGAUUGGGUUCUAUGCUGUUCAAAGUUGGAGAUGUCUGCUGGCUCACGGAAUGGUGCAACGCCAACAGUGUGUUACGUAUGGGGGACUAUGUGUGGAGACAAGUCAUGGGCAUCCCCAUGGGCUUGGCCUGCUCCCCGAUUUGGUGCGAUAUCUAUUUUUUCAAAUAUGAGUAUCACGCCAUGAUGAGGUUGGCAUAUACCGGGAAUGCAUAUCUAAUUCCUAACUUAUCGGACACCUUCAGAUACAUCAACGACCUGGGCUCGAUUAACAACACCAUCAUCGGGAGCUUCAUGUGGAAGAAGGGGGACAGGGAGGAGAACGACCCGUGCUGGAUCUAUCCAGACGAGUAUAUUGGGAUCAAGGAGAAUACCGAGGUUGUCGUGGAUGGGUGCGGACGAAAGGCCAAUUUCCUCUGCGUGACCAUUACAAUCACCUCUCCCGAGACGGGUACAUACGUCACCUCUAGGCAUGACAAGCGCGCAGACCUAGGAUUUGCUUCAUGCAGGUUUAUGAAGUAUAAGUCCAACAGAAGUGUUAAGCAGGCGUUGCAGAUUAUCACGGCCCAAGUCGCACAGAUACUAUUACUGUGCUCCAAACCAGGUGAUGCGGCCGAGGAAAUAAAGAAGGUGAUGACCGCGAUGAGGAACAAUGGCUUUGCUAGGGAUGCUUACUGGGGAGUGGUUAGGAAGACUCUGUGGAAUGCAUAUCGCUACCAGCCCGACAUGGUUUCCGUGCAUACGGUCAGGGAAGCGCUGGCCGAUAUGUAUAGUAUCACUGACUAACUGUGGUUUUCGUGUGCGUAUCUGUGUUUGUGUAUGUGCGUAUCUGUGUGAUUGGUGUCCGGGGGACGACUGGGCCGAGAGGGCCGGUUGUUCUCCGCACAACCUUCCCCUCGGACCCUGUCAUCCCCCAGAGGGAACGGGGUGGGACACACACACACACAUACAGAAAAAACUAUUUGGUGUGAUCUUUGGUCAUUGUUUGAUGUAUGGACUACGCCUCCUUUUCUCGUGUGGAUGCUCCCCUGUCUCUCCUUACCCUUUGAUUCAAUGGAAACAUCGCUUGUCUUUUUCCUCCUCUCCUUCUCCUUCCUCCCUUUCUUUCGCACCUUUACCUCCUUCUCUCAGGCCUCUCCCCUCCUCCCGCUCUCCUCCCCCCCUCUUUCGCUCCCUCUGUCUCCCUCUUCUCCCGCCUCCAUUUCCUUGCUCCUAUCUUCUGCAUGUUUUUCCCGCUAUAGCUAGUUGUCUUUUUACCUCUUCCGGCGGUGUCUCGUCCUUUGUUGCACUCUUACUUAGUUAUGUCGAUGAAAGUGUAUGAUCGUGUCUGGGAAAUUACAUGUGAUAAAUUGUUUUCAAUGCU